AUGUCUUUCUACGUUGCUCCUAACCAGCAGCGCAUGCUCCGCGCUUGCAUGGUCUGCUCUGUUGUUCAGCAGCAUAGCGUGAGUUCCCCAAAACCUGAGGCAAUUGGCAGCCCGAUACUUAGUGCUGACUCUGGCUUGCGACAGAAAUUCAUGCGCGACGGCUGUCCCAACUGUGAGAACAUUCUCCAACUCCGUGGAAACAAUGAGUCAAUCCAGGAAUGCACUUCACAGGUGUUUGAGGGCUUGAUCUCCGUCCGUGACCCCGCGGCCAGCUGGGUGGCACGCUGGCAGCGGUUGGACAACUACGUGGCGGGCACAUACGCAACGAAGGUGACCGGGACGCUUCCGGAUUAUAUCAUCAGCAGCUUGGAGGAUUCCGGUGUCAAAUAUGUUCCGUACGUGCCCAUUUACCUUGAAAGCAAAAGUGGACUCUUUUGCCCGGCGCGUUGA